AUGCGAGCUAAGAGUGAGAGGCGCAUGGCUUCUCUUUAUCGCGCCUACACGCUCCCCAAGGAUCGGCCGGGGCGGUUUGGGCGGGCAGAGUCUGAUUCGAUUGCGGCAUCCAAUGAGACCAGCCAGCAUGACUCAAUCGACAUCGACACAAACACCAAGAGAAAGCGACAGCGGUCGGCGGCCACGAAGGCAGCGCCCGAGACGGACGUGCUCGGCCUGAUGACAAGGAUCUGGAGCCAACAAAUAUCGCCGAGGAGAAAAGACAAGCCGAAGUCCCCCAAGCGAGACAGAAGAGAAGACACCGACAAGGUCGGCGAACUCAAGAAUCAGCUGGAGGAAAUGAAGGCUGAAGUGAGCAGUUUGCAAAGGCGCAGCAUCGCCCGCAAGUCUGACGCAACGACACUGCGAGCAAUCGAUGAAUUGCGCGGGUCAGCAAGACCCUCUGGAAGGCCUCCACGGGAGCUGAGGGCGCUGGACGAGCGGAUGCAAGAUAUGCAGAGACAAUGGGAACGACAGCUGGAACUCCUCACGUCUCACUUGGAUGGCCGGGAAAGGGAGGACGAGAAGAUACGGACGGAACUACAAGAGCUGAGAAGAGACCGAGACGCAACACAGCAGCCCCUCCAUCGCCGGCUAGAGCGUCGAGUUAGCGACCCUGCCUCUUCCGUCCCGGAAACGGCAACGAUUGCAACCCCGCCUUCACAGACCGUCGUCGCCCCUCUGGAAUCGCCACGACGCUUGUCGGCCAUCAGCCAGCGCAUCAACGACGCAGCAGAGAGGAUGGGAAGAGUGGAGAGAAGGCUGCAGACUUUGGAGAGAGACCUUGAAGACAUAUUGAGCACUCAUGCGGUGAUGAGGGAGUGCAUUGUUGCGGUGCGCGAUGAGCUGAACGCUGAAAUUACCGACUUGAAAAGACAAACGGGGGAAGACAGAAUAACUGUGGAGAAGGCACUUGCCGAUAUAAAGAAGUCCAUUAAGGACGAGUCUUUUGCCAUGCGCAAGGCCCUGACUGAGGAGAGAGAGUGUCGAAGCGAGGGGCUCGAGAAGAUUCACUGCGCGAUCCAGAAAGACAGGGCUGCGGCUGUGAGAGAGUUUGACAUCCUGCAUGAGCACUGUGAACGAGACCGGGGACAACGGAAAAGACUGACCACCAAAAGGGUACGCUGCAUGGAAUGAGACACACAACACACACACCAACUUUGGAAUGUGGCUUCCUCUCCUGAACAGAUCGGUCCCGAAGACAUUGAUAGGAGACAUGUAGGUUUGCCAGGAGAAGAGCCUGGAGCAGAUGUUCCCCUUUCUCCGAGCAUGUCGCACGGCACAGUGAUCAUCAUCUCAUCAUCUCAAUCGCCGGCGGUCUCUUUGCUGAGACAUCAGAUCGUAUUCGACUCAAACGGUACGCUGUUGCCUCCUAGACAUAUUUAGAAAAAGACACGCACUCUCUGUUGCCUCCCAGAGACGUGUUGUACGCGCAAGACAACGGAUUCCGACCGCUGCUGGUAUGCGGGAGCACACAAGAUGAGCCAGGCCAAAGACACACACACAACCACUCUCUUUCGAAGUAGGUCAUCGGCUGUCCGCCAUCACUUCGGGUCAGACCUCCAGAGGAAUACCUCCGCCAGCUGCGGCAAGCUGUCUCAGAAACGUUGGAGGACCGCGCAGCCGUACUUCCAUGUAAGUGUAUUACUGAUGUCGGCGUGCAGCUGCUGACUUUGGUUGGGAGCAUGUCUUGCGAAUAUGUGUGUGCAGUGAAUGAGGACGCCACGAAUGCCGUCCCACAGCCGGGGCACUUCCGCAACGUGCUGGACGUGAGCAAGAGGACUCUUGGUGACGGGGCGAGGCUCUGUCCUGGGCGUUUCUUUGUCAUUGCCGCCAUGGGUACGGUAUACCAUACCGCAUCCUCUUGAUUGAUGUACCUGAUUCUCCUCCAUUUUUGCGUGUAUUGCGCGUGCCUUGAUGAACGUUUGUCUGCAGCAGUUCUCUGCGUGCUGGCUCCUUCGUGAACGCCCUUGUGGAUCCACACGAAGCUGCUGCUGCCAUCGCAAGGACACUCGGUGAGUAGGCAAUAUAUACAUCGAUAGAUAGACAGAUAGAUACGCCUUCGUUGUUUGCAGUUGCAUGCCAUUGGGUCGCCAUAAUAGAGGAAUGGGAGGGCUGUAAGGAGUCCAAAUGUAUUAGGCCUGAAGACGUCAACAACUUCAUCCGGACAGCAAAUCUGCCGGUACGCCGCUCAUAGUCAGGUCUUCGCUCAGCACCUCUGGUCCAUGUCUCAUGCUCCUGUGAAUUCAUGCAGGAAUCGAUCAAUCGCAUUCUGACGCUGCAGUCGCAGACCGUCAUCGUGCGGGGUCCCCCGCUGUGUACAGGGGUGUAUGGCUCUCUGGCUGCGCCCCAUGCCGUGUACGAGCAUUUGUUUUCCGGAGACAAACGAGGCAUUGUCAUAAGACAGGAAAGCAAGUAGCGUGUCCUGCCCUGUGUUGAGACUUGCAUGUCUCACGUACAUGUUUGCACUACGUGUAUUUGUACACGAAGCGAAGCACACAAUCGCAUUGAGUCGUCGGUUGACACAGUUGAGGACGAUAUCGAUGGCCGGCAUCAUGC